AUGGCGCUCGCGCUGGUGCUGGCGUGGUCGGGCCAAGGCCGACUCGCGCUGGCAGUCAUUGCUUUUGCUGCGACUCAGUGGGCCGUUCGUCCGACCAGCAGAAGCAUAUCGCCGAACCAAGUCUCAUCAGUGGUGCUACACAGAUACCCCUCCCUACUGUCGCUUCCUCGCUUCUCUACAACCCCUCGUCGCAUCCAGACCCAGCCAGUCUCCGCCGCCAUCAUGUCGCCCAUGUACCUUGAAGACAAACUCAACAUCGACCGGGUCGCCGUUAUCGGCGCCGGGCCGUGCGGCCUGUCCGCCGCAAAGUACUUGCUAGCGGAGAAGAAGUUCUCCAAAGUCCAGAUAUUCGAACAGAGGGAUACCGUCGGCGGCGCCUGGACAUACAGCCCCUUGAACGUCAUUGACGGUGACCUCAGCAUCCCCAGGACACAACCAACCAAGAACCCGGACACGGCCAUUGCCGUUGAGGGACACGAUGCCAAGCAAUUCGUCUCUCCAGUGUAUGAUUACUUGGAGACGAAUAUCCCCCACACACUCAUGAACUACUCGGAUAAAAAGUUCCCCUCAGAUGCCUCGCUUUUCCCUCCUCACCAAACAGUGAAGAAGUAUCUGGAAGACUAUGCCGAGGAGCUGAAGCCCAUCAUCUCUCUGUCGACGCAGAUCCUCUCCGUCAGAAAGUCUUCGAAUGGCAGUGAAGUUUAUUGGGAAAUUGAAAGUCUGAACCUCAAGACAAAUGAGACCAACAAGGCGCAAUUUGACGCUGUCUUCGUCGCGAGCGGACACUACAAUGAUCCCUUCAUCCCAGACAUCCCUGGCCUUGCCGAGUUUGACAGAGCACACCCAGGCUCAAUUUCCCACUCCAAAUUCUACAGGAAUGCCGAGCAGUAUAAGGGAAAAAAAGUCAUCAUCGUCGGCAACUCAGCUUCAGGCAUCGACCUAAGCGCCCAAAUCUCAACAGUCUGCGCUCUCCCCAUCAUCGUCUCCGAGAAGACCGUCCCCAACACCCCCGCAGAAGACCGCUCAUCCUGGGCUAAACCCGUCCCCGAGAUUCUCGAAUUCAUCUCCGAAAACAGACAAGUUCGCUUCGCCAACGGCGAGACCGAAUCCGAAAUUGACGGCGUCGUCUUUUGCACGGGUUACUUCUACAGCUUCCCUUUCUUCCGCGACCUCUCCCCUCCUGUCGUAACGGAUGGCGCCUACGCGCGGAAUCUGUACGAGCAUCUCCUCUACAUUGACGACCCGACGCUUGCGUUCGCGGGCAUCCCGCAGCGCAUCGUGCCGUUCCCCGUGUCGGAGGGCCAGGCUGCGUACGUUGCACGCGCAUGGGCGGAUCGUCUGCGUCUGCCGAGUCGCGGCGAGAUGAGAGAGUGGGAGGCGCGGAUCCUCAAGAACAAGGGCGAGAGUAAGAUGCUGCAUAACUUGGCGUUUCCCAAGGAUCUGGAGUACAUCAAUAUGUUCCACGCGCGGAGCCUGGAGGCGGAGAAGAGAGAGGGUCUGGAGAAUGAUGGUGUGGGAAAGAUACCGCCGUACUGGGAUGAUGAGAAGCGGUGGACGAGGGAGCGGUUCCCUUUGAUCAAGAUUGCUUCAAGGAAAUUAGGAGAGCGAAGGCAUGAGAUUACGACGUUGGAGGAGCUUGGGUUUGAUUACAAGGCUUGGAAAGCUGGGCUAAAUGAGGAGGAAAAGUUGCUUUGA